AAGUCGUCAUCAAGGGCGGCAUCUCUGAAGUUUUGAAACAAUGAGAGGGUAGGGGGAAAAAAGAGCACUCAAUACCCAUGAUGCCGCGCGGUUCAUUUUGUAACCUGUUUAUAUUGCCGGUCUUUCGAAUGGACUCUUAAACACACAGUCAAGAGUGUAAAUUUGGUUCCUAGUCGCUGCUGAAGCCCAUUCCCGGAAUAGACCAUUUCAGCGCGCACGUGGGGGGGCUGGCCGAGGUGUGGAGAACCACCGGAAACGCAGAGGGGUGUGUGUGUGUCCCUGCCAGAUCCGGUGAUGGCCGACCAGCCUCUCUCCCAGCCGGCCGACCAGCCGCUGACAAAGUUCCCCCACGCCGGCCUCCCCAGGAGGAAAGGAGACGGCCUGCAGGCCCGAGGCCAGUGGGCCAGCAAGGCCGAAUUCCUCCUGGCGGUGGCCGGGCAAAUCAUCGGGCUGGGCAACGUCUGGAGGUUUCCCUACCUCUGCUAUAAAAAUGGAGGAGGCGUUUUCUUUGUCCCCUACCUGCUGUUCCUGGUGCUGUGUGGCAUCCCUCUGUUCCUCCUGGAGACCUCUCUGGGGCAGUUCACCAGCCUGGGAGGGGUCAGCGCCUGGAGGACCAUUUGCCCCUUAUUUGGAGGUCUCGGCUACGCCAGCCAGGUGAUGAUCCUGCACGGCUGCGUCUACUACAUUGUCAUCCUGGCCUGGGCCCUCUUCUACCUGUUCUACAGCUUCCAGGCCGAGCUGCCUUGGUCGCACUGCAACAACACGUGGAACACGGACGCGUGCUUCUUGUUCGAUAAAUACAACCAGACUGCCAACGUGAGCAGCCUGCUUGUGAAUGCCACCUCACCGGUCAUGGAGUUCUGGGAACGGGAAGUGCUCCGCCUCUCAGGAUCUUUAGAUGAGCUGGGUCCGGUCAGCUGGAAGCUGGCUCUGUGUCUGGCCGUCGUCUGGCUCGUCUGCUACUUUUGUGUCUGGAAGGGUGUGAAGUCCACCGGAAAGGUGGUGUACCUGACGGCCACCUUCCCAUAUGUCAUGCUGAUUGUGCUGCUGGUGCGCGGCGCCACGCUGCCUGGAGCCACCCAGGGCAUCAUUUACUACCUCAAACCCAACAUCACCCGCCUGGCUGACCCUCAGGUAUGGAUGGAUGCUGGUACCCAGAUAUUUUUCUCUUAUGGAAUCUGCUUGGGAAGUCUCACAGCCUUGGGCAGCUACAACAAAUACAACAAUGACUGCUAUAAGGACUCCUUCAUGCUGUGCCUCCUGAACAGCAGCACCAGCUUCCUGGCCGGUUUCGCCAUCUUCUCGGUUCUGGGCUUCAUGGCUGAAGAGCAAGGCGUUGACAUAGGCACUGUGGCUCAGUCAGGACCCGGUCUUGCCUUCAUCGCCUACCCGAGAGCCGUCGCCAUGAUGCCCGUUCCUCAGCUCUGGGCCGUCUGCUUCUUCCUCAUGAUCAUCAUGCUGGGUCUCGACACGCAGUUCGUGAGCCUGGAGGCUCUCAUGACUUCGGUGACAGACCUGUACCCCCACGUGAUCCGGCGUGGAUACCGCAGAGAACUGCUGCUGCUGUUUGUGUGCGUCGUGUGCUUCCUGAUUGGGCUGGUCAUGGUCACACCGGGUGGUCUCUAUGUGUUCCAGAUCUAUGACCACUUCUCCUGCAGUGGAGCCAGCUUGCUGCUUCUCUCCAUCUUCCAGUCUCUGGCCAUUGGCUGGGUCUAUGGAGCCGAGCGUUUCAGUGGCAACAUCAGAGAUAUGACGGGCUGCAGCCCCCUGCCUGUCUUCAAGCUGUGCUGGAAGUACCUGACUCCGGCCGUGUGCACUGCUACCUUUAUUUUCUCCCUGGUGCGUUGGUCUCCUCUGAGCCUGGGGAAAGGACUGGUGGCUCCGGUCUGGGCCAUCACGCUCGGCUGGAUCCUGACCCUCUCCUCGGUCUCCCUGCUCCCCAUCUGGGCCGUGUACGCGCUGGCCACCACUCCAGGAACCCUGCCGCAGCGCUUCCAUCGCCUUUGCACCCCAGCCGAGAAGUCGUCUAUGGCCUUCCAGCACCUCUCCACCAACGGCUCGGCGCUGACCUACAGCCCCGUGCUGCCUCUCAGUGGGAAGCCGAAGCAGCAAAUCGUAGAGCUCCUCCCAGAAAAGAAGACAUGACGAUAACGAACGCUUUGUGGCACUGUACGCUGCUCAGCCAAUCAGGUGUGCCGAAAAAGAACAGCUGAUCACAACGGAAGACUUUAUUUCAAAAAACGUUAAAGGAGAAAUGUUAUAAUUUACCAAAGAAACUCCGGAGUCAACAGUUUGGAAGAAUUAUCAGAGCGUCUGACCCUAAACUGGGAUAAAACUUGAUUGGCCGUUCAGAUCAGCCACGGUUCCUGUUCAUGCCCACCAGAGCUGGUCUUUUCCAUACAAAAACAGCACACACUCCUGAAUCUUAACCGUUUUUCUCUCCGUACUUGCUAUCAUACGUUUUCAUCUAAUUUUACAAUUAGUACUUGAGGACCAUGUAACAACAACAACAACCCCUAGAGACGUUCCCUUUGUUUGGCAGCAGCACACAGUCCUCAGCUACACUAUACUCUCUAUGAGAGACUCGGAGAGUGUUAGCAUGUCUGCUGAAAUGACUCCAUGAGUCAGACAUGUGAUGUCAGAUGAUUUAUCUGGAGAUUUUUUGAAUUUCUCAUCCAAACCAAGUGGAGUCAAUACUCGAGUUGCGUCCACUAAAUGCCACUUUUGCUGCGAACACCUGAACAACAACAGAUCUGACUGAAACGUGCACUAGUUUGCGUUAGUUUUGCGUUUGCAGUAUUUCUUCAGAAACGGCAUAGACGAUCUUUUAGUGGGCGUCUCCAGAGUAAAAACUUCAGCACAUUUGUUUCAACUGUUGUAAGCAAUAAUUAACAGAACAUAAGCUGGGCAAUGUAGUCAUAUUGAUUAAAAAUGAAAACAAGAGUUGCUGAAAUGCUUUCCUGAUUAUUCGCUAGAUUAAAAUGAACAAUUCGUCAAACAGGUCAACAUGUCAAAUUGAAAAGCCACUGAAAGGAUAUGUCGUAAUAGAGUAUGUCUUCUUUGAAGGUCUCUGCAAACCUCAUUUAAAUUAGUUUUUAAAAAACUACUGCUGCUUCAAAGAACAAAAAAAAACUAUACAAUAUUUUUUAAUGUCUGCACCAAAUGUUUAAGUUUUUUUUGUUGUUAGGAUUGGGUUUUUUUUUCUGUGUUUCAGUGAUGUCAGGUAAAUAAAGAGGCUUAAAAUAGCAAUUGUAAAGAUGAAGUGGGCGAAGGGAAGGAGUAAAGUUACAGCUUGAACAUGCCUAUAAUUAUUAGCAUUACAUUUCCAAGUGAAGUUUGCACCGUUUACAAUCCUCAAGAUUAAACUUUAAAAUGUUUUUUUAUGGGAUAUUCUGUAGAGCUCUAGAGCUAAAAUAUCGGAAGAGAUUUGGUUAUUUUAUUUUCACAGUUUUAUGGUUUUUACAAAAAUUUCAAUUGAAAUUUGAAAAAGAACAAAAAAAACAAAUGUUCCGUACACAAUGCAAAAAUUGUAGCUAAGUUAAUCUCAAGCCAGUCUCAAGAAAUUUUAUAGUUUUUUAUCCUUUGUUGAAGUAAUAAUGAAUGAAGAAUAAUGUUUUCCUGUUAAAUUGCAUUCAUUUAUGAAUGCAAUAUAUAUGAUUUCAUUCUGAAAACGUACUAUUGUGUUUUUUUUUUUUUUUUAACAAACACUCUUCUAACCCUUCAAAGUCAACAUCAGCAUAAGAUUUUUUUAUUAUUAUAAGUGGGAGUGUCUCUCAACAGUGUGACAAAAAAAAUGAAACCAUUAAAAAUCAUUUUAAAACUAUCACACAAACUUCAAAUUUAUCCUGUCCAGUUUAACCGGCAAAACAAAUCUGGUAAAGGGAAAAUACAAAAACUAACAUUUUUUCCACCAGGUUCCAUAAGUGUGCACACUCUGAAAAUAUUUAAACUUUGCAGAAGCACCUUUUGAUUCAGUUUCAGAUUCCAAAUAUAUCAAAUUAUGUGAUUUAUAUCUGGACUCUGGUUCGGUUAUUCCAAACUGCUAGUAUGGUGUUUUUCUCUGGUGAUGUGCUUGAGUUUUUUGUGCCAAACCUUACCUUUAGAUUCAUGCUUGAAACUUUGUUUGGUGUCAUUUUGACCUUUUGCGAUAUUUCUGGAAACAUUGAGUUUAGCUAAAAGGAUGCAGAUGUCAGAAACAUCUUUUAUACAACUCCUAGAACACAAAAGCUGCUUCAAGAAGGUCAAAUUUAUCCCCCGAGGCUAUUUCAGCUUUUCAUUUUUAUAUAUAUAUGUUUCCCUUCAUUAGAUUUGUCCCCCUUUAACUGCUCAGGAUAUAUAAACUAUUAUAAACUGAAAAUGUUUGAAAUACACAGAAAUUCAACAGGGUUGUGUACACUUUUGAGAGACACCGUAUGUGACAGAAUGAGAACGUAAACAUGAAUUACUGAAACUAUUUCAUAUUUCUGUUCUGUACUUUAAUGUCUGCCCUGAUACAAACAGCAAGUUGAGGUUUUUUCUUGUUGUCAUUUCUCAUCUAAACGUGUGUAGGUUUACACAGUCAGACAUGCUUUAAUAAUUCAUUAUGGGUGAUCAGAUCAGCUUUCUGUACUGUAAGUCCGGGACAAAAUGUACUGUACACUAGGAUCGCUUGUUUACAUCUCUGAAAUCGAGUGGAGUAGAAGCACUUCAUGACCAGAUGUGAUAUUUUAAACAUGUAAGAGGUCAUGUAAUCAAACUUAGAAAAAGCUGUUUUUAUAACCAAAUUUUUAUGUGCGUUAAGCCUUUGCAUCGACUCAUCCACUUGUUAUCAUCUGUGUUUACAGCUGUGCCUCUUUUGUUCUCUUAUGAAUCAAUAUAUACACUGAUUAUGGAGAAAAGGGUC